UCCACGCCUCCCUCUCCGCAGCUCCCAGCGGCUUCUCUGACAGGGAUGGUGGAGUUUCCCCUUCACGACCCAGAGCGUUGUGAAGAAGCGAGUAACCUGCGAAGUUAUAAUAAGAGAAUAACAGAAAAAGGCGGUCAGGGUGGCGUCAGAAUGGGGACAUCUUUAGAGGUUGCACCUGGAUUGUAAUGACUUCCUGCGGCAGAGCCUAAUGGAGAAGAAGCGCUUCCGGCGUCUUGACCCACUAAUCAACACACCAGCCUUCCGGGCCUAACUCGACCCUCGCCUCGGGCCUCUCGGAGUCGUACGGCAGCUCAGCACCGCUCCUGACACGCGGCACUCCCUAGUGGAGCCUUCUUCCCUCCGUCCAGGGCAAGGAUCUUGCAUUAGUCUUUAUGUCCUCUCAUGAUACCUGGCAUUCCAUAAAUGUUUGUUGAAUCUGAAGAGACAUAUGGGCAAUGAAUCUGGAGAGGGCGAACAUCCUUGGUCCUACGGUGUUGCUAACACUGACAUUCUUCUAAGUGAACUGCCUACUUUUUAUGUGAAUAACUGGCUAGAAUUCAUAUUUCUCACUACAGAAGCCUAUAAUCUGCAGUUGCUAGAGAUUUUAAAACACUUCUUUUAGGAUAUCUACAUUUAAUUUGAAAGCUCUUCCUUUCUUAUCCUAAAAUGUUGAGAUAUUGGGGAGAGAUACCAAUCUCAUCAAGCCAGACCAACAGAAGUUCCUUCGACUUGCUCCCUCGGGAGUUCCGACUGGUAGAAGUCCAUGACCCACCCCUGCACCAGCCCUCGGCCAACAAGCCCAAGCCCCCCACUAUGCUGGACAUCCCCUCAGAGCCAUGCAGCCUCACCAUCCACACCAUUCAGCUGAUCCAGCACAACCGACGCCUGCGCAACCUCAUUGCCGCAGCGCAGGCCCAGAAUCAGCAGCAGACAGAAGGUGUAAAGACUGAAGAAGGUGAACCUCUUCCAUCCUGCCCUGGGUCACCUCCUCUUCCUGAUGACCUCCUGCCUUUAGACUGUAAGAAUCCCAACGCACCAUUCCAGAUCCGGCACAGUGACCCAGAGAGUGACUUUUACCGCGGGAAAGGGGAACCUGUGACUGAACUCAGCUGGCACUCCUGCCGGCAGCUCCUCUACCAGGCAGUGGCCACAAUCCUGGCCCACGCGGGCUUUGAGUGUGCAAAUGAAAGUGUCCUGGAGACCCUAACUGACGUGGCACACGAGUACUGCCUUAAGUUCACCAAGUUGCUGCGCUUUGCUGUGGAUCAGGAGGCCCGGCUGGGGCAGACUCCCUUCCCUGACGUUAUGGAGCAGGUGUUCCAUGAAGUGGGCAUUGGCAGUGUGCUCUCCCUCCAAAAGUUCUGGCAGCAUCGCAUCAAGGACUAUCACAGUUACAUGCUGCAGAUUAGUAAGCAGCUCUCUGAAGAGUAUGAAAGGAUUGUCAAUCCUGAGAAGGCCACAGAGGACACUAAACCCGUAAAGAUCAAGGAGGAACCUGUGAGCGACAUCACCUUCCCUGUCAGUGAGGAACUGGAGGCCGACCUUGCUUCCGGAGACCAGUCACUGCCCAUGGGAGUCCACAGGGCUCAGAGUGAGCGCUUCCCAUCUAACCUGGAGGUCGAGGCUUCGCCACAGGCUUCAAGUGCAGAGGCAAAUGCUUCCCUUUUUUGGAACCUGGCCCAUGUGAAAAUGGAGCCUCAGGAGAGUGAAGAAGGCAAUGUCUCCGGGCACGGCGUGCUGGGCAGCGACGUGUUUGAGGAGCCAAUGUCAGGCAUGAGUGAAGCUGGGAUCCCCCAGAGCCCCGAUGACUCAGACAGCAGCUAUGGCUCCCACUCCACUGACAGCUUCAUGGGGUCCUCCCCUGUUUUCAACCAGCGCUGCAAGAAGAGGAUGAGGAAGAUAUAAAAGGCAAAGAGGGAGAUUUUCUGCCCAGACCUACAAGACCCAACAACAGACCAUGAUACAUUUGGUUUCCGUAAACAGCGAUUUGACUCUUCUUCUUAAACACGGUGGAUUUUCCUGAUUUCAGUGGAACUGGAUUUAAACCAAAUAAGUUUGCAUUUUCCUUUUGCAUUCGGUUUUAUAGUUUUCUACAACAACCAAGCCACCUUUCACAAACAUGAUGACGCUGGGGUAGUAAUCGAGACAAAUCACUGUCCCUGACUGUUGUCUUUACUGUGUGACAAGUGACCUAACUUCUCUAGAGCCAUUUCUCUUGCACAACUGAGAAUCCUACUGCUUUGACCGACCUUGCAGGGACGUUAUGAAGAUGGAAAUGGUAUUAAGCCUCAAAGCUGUGCUUGAACAGACGCACAAGUAAAUAUAUGCUGAUGUCAAUUUUUUCUUUUAACUUGCCUCACUUUUGGUUCAGGUCUUUGGGAAUCCAGUGCUAAUGCCUAAUAGGAAAUAGCUAAACACUGCACAACUCACCUUUUUUCCCAAACUUUUUGCCAUCCAUGAAGUCUCCUAAAAAAUCAGAGGGGUCUGUGGCAAACAGCCUUUUUGCUUAUUCAGAUAGCACCUCUCCUAUCUCGGCCACAUAGUCUUUCUCUAGACUUGUGCCAUGGAUCCCCAUUUUUUGUCUUUACUUUCUGAUUUCCACUCAGAUUUUUUUUUUCACUAUGUACAUUUUUCAGUUGCUUCUUUCAUUUUCUCCUUUGUAAAUGAAGCAAACAGGACCUGUCCAAGGACAGGGUUGUGCCAUUUUGUUUGUUGCAUCGGCUUGGCCAUCAGAGGACAGUGGUCCGUUCCUUUGCCAGAACUCUGUAUCUGCACGUUGUGCUUCUCCUGGAUGGACAGCCUCUAAAAGGAUGACAAGAUGCACCUUUCUACUUUACAGCAUGUCCUGAACAACUUUACUGCUAUUACUCACCCGUCAUAGUAUCUGCCCUGGUUGGCACCUGACAGUCUCAAUCAGUAUUUAUUAAAUGAUGUGGCACUGGGAUGAUUAGGAGUAAUUAGCAAAUGUGUGUAUGUUAAAUACUGCUGAGGUUUGGUUUGGGGGUGCAGAAUACAAGUCUUGUGAGAUUUAGGGCACUCCUUUAGUACAGACCAAAAAUCAAGGCCCACAUUAGAGGGCCUUAAAUGUCCCAGGCAUUGAGAAUAGAGAUAAGUGCAACAGCAACAAAAUGAGGUUAUAAUUUAAACUGUUAACAGGUUUGCUAAUUGCACAUCCUUGGUACAUUUUUCUAAAUGCUUCCUGUUCCAGGCUUAGCUUCAUUUUCCCUUGUUUAUGAAAGUACACAUCAGGUGGUCAGUUUCCAUAAAGUAGCCACCUAGUAUUUCAUUCAUUCACUUAGCAAACAUUUAUUGAGUACCUACUAUGUACUAGGCCAUGUGCAAGGAUACCUAGAUGAGUAUUUUUGUCCCUGCCCUUAUGGAGGUUAUGGCAUAAGCUGGACAAGUUCCUCCUUAAGGAAAAAGUAUUCAGAGGCACGAAGGGAAAGAAAAAAUUGACAUCUGACAUCAGCAUGUAUUUACUGUGCAGAUGGUUCCUAUGAAGAGGCUCAAGUUUUUACACCGGUGGUAUUCGUUUAAAAUAGAGUAUUAAAAUUAAUACUUCAUGGUAAAACAAAAUACUUUUAUUUUUAGAAUGUUUAAAUUGGAAGAGAGGCACCAGAUGGUCCUUGUCCUGGUUGGGGUACUCUGAUAAAGCAGGCCAUGUGAGCAUUGAUACCUGAGAUUCACUUGGCCUGGAAUUAGUUGCGUUACAGCAGUGUUUCUCAAACUUAGCAUGCAUCAGAAUCCCCUGGAGGCCUUGUUAAACCAGAUCGGUAGGCCCCACCCCCACAAUUUUUCUGAUUUAGGUCCUGAGUGUCCUGUUCGUAGUAACUCCUCAGGUGAUGCUGAUGCUUCUGGUCCAGAGACCACACUUUGAGAACCACUGAACUGGAAUACAGGUUAGGCAGGGAUAAAAUUCCUUAAGAGAAAUGUAGUAUGUUUUUAGAAAGAUACUAUGAAGAAUGUGGAGACUGAGCAAACUUUUUACCAGGGCUAUUAUGUAUGGAACGUGCACCUGACCCAAAUCCAUGGCCUUUGAGUAAAUCACUAAAGAUACUCUGCAUUGUAAGUUCAAGUUCAAGGGCCUGGCUUUGUACCUGGUUACUAGGUGUGUGUACAUGGAACUUUAGUAAACAUCAUGUGGCUUUAAACCUCUCUUUUGAACAGAAGACUAUCCUCAAUAAUUUUAAUUGAAAUUAUGACAAGGAGGCUUACAACAAAGUUAAAAUUAAAAACUUUUUAUCCAAG